CUUCUGCUAUAACAAAAAAAUUUAAAAACUGGGUACAUACAUCAGCUUGAAUCGCAUUUUUAGAAACAGUAUGUUUGUCAACUGAUUUUUUUCUAUGCCUAGCCUCGUAGAAGGUCUUAUUGUUGCAAUUUUCAAGGAAGAUAAAAUACUGUCUGCUGGAUUGUUGACUUUUGUGUUAUGUUUACACAACCGCAUCGUAUUUUACGGUUCUGAGAGUUUUCAAUAGUUACAAUUGGCAUCUGGUCCAUUUUUUAAAAAAAAUAGUCAACCAUGUCCGACGCUAAAGUUUCUGAUUCAAAGAAGGAUGGAAGGUUAGGAUGUGAAAUGCUGCAAGCCCUUUAUGACUUCAAAGCCACACUGGCAAAGACUUUGAGCUUUAAUGAGAAAGAAUUAUUUGUGUUGUAUCCGACCAACAAGAAGCAAAGACAAUGGUGGCAGGUUGUCAAUCGGAAAGGACAAGUAGGCUUCAUACCUUCCAACUACAUCACAAAGAUUCAGGUUUCUCCAUCUCAAAUUCUUGACUUUGUCUCAGCUUGUGAAAAAAUUUUAGCUGAAGAGCACAAAGCUUCUGGCGACAGUAUUUCUCAGGAGCGCUCUGAUCUAUCCAAGCACUUAGCCAGUAUUAGGAAACAAGCUGAGGAGAGUCAGUUGUCUUCCAAGCAUGGGCCUCCCCCACCGGCAGACUUUUCCCCAGAUAGAGGGAACUCUCCUGCCACUACUCCCCAUUCUGUGCCUUGUGGUGCUGUGCCUGCCAUUGGAGGAGCUGCAAUGCUGCCAAAGUUUGGUCAGAGCAAGUUUUCUGUCAGCGCAGGAAAUAAAGCAAAAACUCCUAGUCCUGUUGUACCUCGAAGACAUUCUUCUCUUGAUGAGUGUGGAAGAAAAGUUCAAAAUCCCAAAUCUGGCCACUGGGAUUCUAGUAAUGCCUUCCAGGAAACUGCAGCUAAUGGAGUAGCCAGUAGUGCAGAUAGUCUUUCGACAAGUGCAUCUCAAUCCGAUAGCAUUCUGGAGACAUGCUGGCCAACUGUGGAUAGUGUCCAAGCAUAUCAAAUACUCCAAGAGGUGCGAAAACAUACAUCACUGAACCAUGACCAAAGCCGAAUUGCUGUUAGUGUGGUUUUGUCAAAGCUUCAUCGAUUGCUGGGAACAGCAUCUUGUCCUCCUGUUGACACAUUGUUACAUUUGGUGUCUCGACCUGUGCCGACUCCUAACUCAGCCCUUGAGUCUAGUCUUGAUGCACGUAGACUUGAUCUUGCUCUGUCAGAACUGACAAAGUGCAAAGAUGAUCAGCAACAACGCAGCUGGGCACUAUAUGAAGAUCAAUCAAUCAUCAGUGAAUAUUUGGAAGAAAUUGCAUCAAUUUUGACUAAUGCAGAUCCCAACAUCUGUCGGCAUGUUCUUUCAAGUGAGCAAUACCAGUAUGUGGUUAAUGUUGCUCUGUAUUAUCAAAUGGAAACCCGAUGGGACUUGCGUGCUCGUGUUUUGAAAGUGCUUCAAGCAAUGUGUGUCCUGGAUGGUCACAUUGUGUCCAUUUUGUUAGCCUCUGUUCUACCCAUGGAGCUAGCAAGGGACAUGCGGAGCAGUGCCUGUAAUAAUGCUCGUCUUGUCCAGUCUGCUUCCUUGUUGACUACCAUCUACAGCAUGGGAGAGGCAAUGCCAGUUCCCCAUUUGGAACAUGUUGGCCGUGAUUUUAUUUCCUUCUUGUUGGCAAUUCUGGAGGGAGAAAAUGUCAAAGAAAUGGAGCAGAGUAUCAGAGGAGAAUCUGCUGCUGAUCUGCUUCUAGCUAAUCGAAGUGUUAGUUUGGAGCAAGUCAGUGAAUCUUUCUUCAAGCUGGUUCUAGCUUACAACCUGCAGUGGCGUCCGGGAACUAAUCAUGAGAACCUCCCUAAUGAAACCAUUGAAGCUCUGGCCCAAAGAUCUACUGCCAAACUUUUUCUGGAAAAGUUGCUUCUUCUUGUUAACCGAGAAGAGGACCCCAUUCGCACACUUGAUCAUUUACCAGUGCCUCCUCAUGCUGUUCUAAAAAUGAUAAUUGAUGUGCUGCUCCGUGCUGAAACAGCUGCUCUUCUUUACACAAAUGAUACUCGAGUUCUGUUGGAUAUUUCACUACGAAGACUUGCUGAUUUGCCACCUGGAGACCAGAGACGCCGUGUGUACCUGGAAAUGUGUCGGCUUGUUCUCCGGAACACACCAUAUUCAGAACAUGAACAUCGCCGAGAAGAUUUGCUCAAGUGUUUCACUCGUAUAUUUUGUGAAGAAACUGAAGCUAGUCAACCCGAUCAGAUGCUGGUUAGAGAAAUUUCAAAUGAAUUCCCAAAUUAUUUCAAACGUUAAUCCUGUAUUUUGGUUUUUGAUGGCUUAUACUAAAGAGGACAGUAGAAGGAAACCAAAAUAAAAGUUAACUAAGGGAUAUGGGAAAAUCAAAAUUUUCAAUAUCUCUUCAAACAUGUUUCUUUGUUCUUGUUGCUGCAGCACAAAAAUUUGUAGGUCAGAACUGUUCGGGAUGUGAUUCUCAAGCUGUAAUAGAAGUGUUUGAUUCUCAAGUGUCAAAAACAAAGUUAAGCUACCUGACAUGCUUUUAUUAUAGGAAUAACAUUCCAACCCAAUUUUCUCAAGUGCCAACAUCUCUCAAUAUUAAAUGUAUUGAAACUUUGUAUUAAUCAUUUUCCAUGAUGUCUCACAUCAAACUUGGAAUUCUGUGAGUAAUGUCUUUGUGUUUGUGUUAGCAGCAUUGAUGUUUUAUCUAAAUUUUAUUCAGUGUUUUCAAGGUUUAUUCACCUUGUGAAUGAUGAAAGUCAGUGUAUCGCCACAAAUAUUAUAAUCAGAAAUUUGCACAAGUUAAAUGUUGAAUGUAUUGUUUAUAGUAAUCAGACCAAAAUUAUUCUUGUGACACAUUGCUCACAUACAAUCAUAUUUUUCAUCUUGCCAUUGUUGCAACUUUUUUUUUUUUAAUUUGCUGCUAUUUUUACCUAUUUGUACCAUUUUUUUUUUAAAAAGUAACUUUUAGAAUUAUUUGAUUUCCAAUUUUAUGAUGGAACCUCUCAGAUGUUGUCCCGUAAGCUUUGAGCUCUGUUGAGCUCUGAACAAAGUGUUGACUCCACAAUGUCCAUGUUGGUGAGAGAGUUUGUUUAUGUCACACCGCCUGCCUGAGCUGUUGGUAAUCGUCACAGUUGCGGUGCUCUCUUAUUAUCUUGACAUGAUUUUAAAAUGUUACGUCUGUGGAAGAUUUUAUAUGUUGUACUACUGUUGAUUUGUGACUGUUCAAAAUGUUAUCCUGCUUCCUGCUAGUCCUUCCUAAUGUUUAUGUUAUGGGUGCUGACUUUGUAUUGAGUAGCAAUGCUGUGAUUAUUUAACUAUAGUUUUUUUGUUUGUUUGUUUUUUCAAAUGACACAAAGACAAAUUUUGUCAAAUGUUAAGGUGAAUCUCAUGUUUGAAGUCAUUUUUUAAACUCUAUUUUGCAACAUAAGUUAUUGUGAUGUAUGACAUUAAGUUUCUUUUUGUUGACUGUAGACUGAUCAAAGUUAAUUGCGUAAUCAUUUAAUUCGAUACUUGAAUGUUACUGUUCUCACUUUUUGAAUGAACCAUGACAUUUCAUGAGACUGCUGGCAGUCGGGUUUUGUAUGGAAACAAUUCUUCAUUUCCUCUGGAUUCUCCCCCUGGGUAUCAUUCUCCGUCUUUUCAUGCUGGGUGUCCUUUUGUUCAAAAGGACCUUCCUUGAUGCUUGCCAAACUCUUUUUUUUUUACAUUUAUUACCAAAUGUUCUUUUUGCCUCCCUAGUAACAUGAUUGCUUCAAAACAAGAACAUAGUAGUUCAUCCAUGUUAAGAGAUAGGGUCAAUACAUUCUCAGAGUAUUAGGCAAAGUAAAAUUAUUCAUCACAUAUGUUCCUUCUAAGACCCAUUAAGUGGAAAUUGUUAGCAUCUAUCCUAGUCAUUUGUUUUCUGCAAAUUAGUUGUCUAUAGUGCUUAAGUGGUCCAUAUGGUGCCAAUUCACCUCGCUUCAAGUAUUUCAAUCAGAUCCUCUGUACUUACAGGUUUCCAAUUUUUAAAACAACAUUUAUUUUUUCCAGAUUUUGUAGCCUACUUUUGUUGAAUAGUAUAAUUGUUCAUGGUUGCCCAUUCUAAUGGCAGUAAGAUGUGAUCCAACUGUUGUCUUUCUUUUGUGUGAUUACAGUAUCUCUUCAUUGCUUGUUCAAUGGACUGCAUUUAUGUUUUUAUUUAUUGCACAAUGUCAGUCACUUCCCACCUUGAAUUCAAUACCAUUGGUCUGUAAUGUAUCGUAGUGAUGUAGUUAUUUCAUUCUCUGUGCAUUUCUCAAAAUUUACUUGUAAUUUGUUAGGAACUACAGUAUUUUAUUAGACUCUUUUACUGGCAGGGACAUAUUUUAUUAGGAACAUUUAUUGAAAGAUUGUAUCAAAGAAACAUGAUGAAAUCCAUAUGUUUCCAUGAUUUGUGUUGGAGAAAUGAUUUGAUUUGUCAGAUUGACAAAUGAACUUGUUUCUGUAAUGCCAUACAUUCUGCUAUUUCUAUGUGCACAACCAUGUAUACUGGAUUAAUAAAUAGAAUUCUAUACAAA